AUGUCAGACAAAUUACCCGACUACGUCCUCGAUCCCAAUGCCGUUCUCAACGAUGCAGACGCCGCCUGGCGUUAUGGUCAGCCUCCCGAUUAUAGCAAGACGCGUGCAUUCUACGAGAAAACACGCACAAUGUCCCACGAAUCCGGUAGUCUCCCAUUCCUGGUCGAAAACCUCGUGAAAAACUGGGAAAUCGAAGCCUCGUUCAAGACCUCCCUGUCGGACUGGCGCACUAUCGACCCGAACGUGUAUUCCUUUUCGCUGAACGGAGGACCCCCGCAAACCGGGGAACAUAUGCUUAAAGUCGGCACGUACAAUGCCCUCUUGACACCGAGCAAGUAUUACGAUCCCGAGCAGAACGACUUCGAAAAAAGUCACAAGUCGUUCAAGCGCAUGAUGCCCACGUUUGCGUGGGAGGUUACCGAGGUGUAUAGUGGGCCGCCCGUCGUGGUAUUCAAGUGGAGGCAUUGGGGUGUUAUGACGAAUGAUUAUGUUGGGGUUAAUGAUGCCGGUGAAAAAGUCACUGUCCCCGCACAUGGUGGCGCGAUUGAUAUUCAGGGUAUUGUCAUCGCAAAGGUCAAUGAUAAAUUGCAGCUCGAGAAAAUCGAUGUCUGGUUCGAUCCGUUGGAUAUGUUCCGUCAGAUUGAUAAGAAGGGAUCUACCACCGGUGGAUGUCCUUUUGCAGCUGCGAGUGAAUGA